AUGUGUGCAGAUUUAAUAACGUGUUUGGUGAGACAUUAUUUGGGUGAUAAUGCGACUACGAGUGCAGUCUGUAAUCAAUUACGAACCACGUGUCCGACUCUCUUCUCUGACGAAGAUGCUACUGCUACAAGGGCAACUGAAAUGUUAGAAGAAGCGCAUUUAAUGGAGCCGUGUCCGACGCGAACGGAAUUGAUUGAUGAGGCGAUUCGUAUGCUGAAAGUUGGUGUUCAUAAACUCAAUCUACCCGUCAUAUGUCAACUCCUUCACGAAGUGGAUUGCGUGGAAGGUAUAGUUGAGUUGGCAUUAGCACGCGCUGAACGAAGUGAUCCGAGAAUGUUGGCGUUAAUUGCUUAUAAGAGUCAUUCGGCUGAAACUGAUUCACUCACGCAAGAUGCAUUCAACAAACGGAAAUCAGCGUACAAAUGCAUAACGGAUGCAUUGGAUCGUAUACAAGCAGACGUUCGUACCAAAUCCGGUAUAGCAUUACAGUCUGCGGUUGUUUCACGCGAUUUGAUCAUCAAUUGCGUUUUACGCUCCAAAGACGAACUCGCCAAUGUUGCGGUCUUCAAGUGGCUUUUAGCUAAUCAACUCAGCAAUGUCGUUGUUGAGAGUAAAUCGCCAUUCGCCGAAUCGUUUCUUCAUACGUUGGUGGAAGGAGGAGGAGCGAGCAGUUAUUUGGAUUUGUUGUGGCGUUUUCAUGAAAAGAAUGGCAAUUUUGCGAAGGCAGCGAAAUUACUGUAUUCGUUGGCUAGACGAGACACGAAUGCAUUCGACCUUCGCCGCCGUGUCGCAUACUUGUCACAAGCAUCAAUGUGUGCGAAAUCGGCAAUAAGUCAGCAAAGUGACCAAUUGAAGGAUCAGAAUUUCAUUGUGGCAAUACAAGAUGAAUUGGAUGUGGCCGAAAUUCAGUUGGCUACAAAGUUUGUUUCCAUCGAUAUUCAUUCUUGUUGCAACAAAUUUAGAAUAGAAUGA